GCCAUCUUCCGGCUCCAGGAGGCGAGUCAGCCAGUGCUGAGUGGAAGCGCGCCCUGGGCUGCGCAGCGCGGCCGCAGUGCCACCAGGAUCUAAAACCGCUCUGCAGUUUACGAUUCAGUCCAUCCCCAGGAGAGGAACCGGGACAAGGACACAUCAGCCCUUAAGAUUCUAAAAGUCAUGUCCCUCGGGCCGGCGUUGUUCAGGGAUGUGGCCGUAGUCUUCUCCCAAGAGGAGUGGGAGUGGCUGGCGCCUGCGCAGAGGGAACUGUACAGGGAUGUGAUGUUGGAGACAUACAGCAACCUGGUUUCACUAGGUCUUGCCAUAUCGAAACCGGAUGUGAUCUCCUUUCUGGAGCAAGGCAGAGAGCCCUGGAUGGAGGACAAGGUGACAGCAGGAGGCCUGUGCCCAGUAUUGGAGUCCGAAUACUAUACCAAAGGCGAAGCCCCCCAGUGGGAGAUAAUGGGAAGCCUUACAAGCUAUGGUCUUGACUGCUCACGUUCCCAGGACGACUGGGGAUGCAAGAACCAACUUGACAAACAGCCAGAAAACUCAGAAAGACAUUUCAGUCAAACGUUAGGCAGUCACAAGGAGAUGCCCACUUUCAAGCAGCAAGCAUCCCUUACUUUUUAUCCAAAAAUCCAUACUGGAGGAAAACGCUGUGGAUAUAAUAAAUGUAGAAAAGACUUCUGGCAAGAAGAAUUCCUUAUUAAUCAUCAAGGCAUUCUUAGGAACGAGAAACCCUAUAAAUGUAAGGAAUGUGGGAAGGCCUUCAA